AUGUCUCCCCAUAACGAUGCUCCCUCACCCAGCGGUAGCUUUACUUCUGGCUUCAACCGACUCUCAUUCCGCUCCAUGUCUACCUCAAGACUCAUGACGGGACCCUUGAGCACGACGGAACCUCACUCGCCGCUCAGCAGCUCUUACAGCAGCGCCUCGGAGACGUCAGACUUCCUCAUGAGCCGGCCGCUUGUCCCCGGGGUCUAUGUGCCGACCAUGUGUUUCUUCGAGGAGGGAACCGAAGAAGUUGACACGGAGACGAUUGAACGGCAUGCCGUACGACUAGCCCGCGCCGGCGUAACCGGCCUAGCUACGCAGGGCUCCAACGGCGAGGCGGUCCAUCUUACACACAGAGAGAGACAGCUGGUUACGGCAGUCACGCGCAAGGCGCUCAACAGCGCAGGCUUUUCACAUAUGCCAAUCAUCGUCGGUUGCGGCUCCCAGAGCACAAGGGAGACGAUCCAGCUGUGUCGCGAAGCGUGGGAGGCUGGCGGCGACUAUGCGCUCGUCCUGCCACCCUCAUAUUAUGCUUCGCUAUUUGCUCCCGCGUCCGAGACAGUCAUCGAGUACUUCACCGCUGUAGCGGACGCCUCGCCAAUUCCAAUCAUCAUCUACAACUUCCCGGGCGCUGUGGGCGGGCUCGACCUCUCUUCGGACGUCAUUAUUCGGCUCUCUGAGCAUCCCAAUAUUGUGGGCGUGAAGCUCACAUGCGGCAACACGGGAAAGCUGAACCGCGUCGCCACGGCCACACGGAAAAUGUCCAAGAGCUACGACCCCGCCCGACCCGAGUUCCUAGUCCUCGCGGGCUCUGCCGACUUCACCAUUCAGUCAUUGGUCGCUGGCGGCCACGGCAUCCUGGCCGGACUCGCCAACAUCGCCCCCAAGGCAUGCAUCAAGACUAUGGAGCUCUACAACCAGGGCAAAGUUGCCGAGGCUCAGCAAAUGCAGGAGAUCGUUGCCCAGGGUGACUGGACUGCCAUUCAAGGCGGGGUAGUGGGAGUCAAAGCCGGCCUGCAGGCUUGGAUGGGCUAUGGCGGCUACGCGAGAAGUCCGUUACCCAAGCCGAGCGCGGACCAGGAAAGGAAAUGGAAGGAGGGCUUCAGGGACCUGUUCAUGCUGGAGAAGUCUUUAUGA